UGUUCAUUUUACUGUUUCCCCAACACACUUUCACUCCUCAUCUGAUCAUUGCUAGACCAGCGACCAGGCAUGGGAAAAAUCACUCCACACAACAGUCAAUUUGAACUCAUGAAUCAGCUUGUGUCUGUAUUGAAAGUCAAUCUCAGCAACCAUACAUGUGGAGAGUUACGCAUUCAUUCAGAAGAAAGAGAUAAAACGCAAACGCGAAAACUUUGACAACUCUCUUUGAUGUUUGUGUUCAUGCAUCACUUCAUUCCCUUCAAUAUGAUUCGCGCUCUGAAUGAUUGUCAAGAGAAUCACAGAUGAACGCAAUCUUUCAUUCGCAAAGAUCCAUUCAAGAACGUCGGAUUGCUGAUCGCAUUCUGUGAAGUACAGUUUAUUUGGUUCUAAUUCGUUUUCACUUGGUUACAAAUAUCUUCUUUCUCCCGAACUUAAAAACCGCAAGAUGAAACGGCGCUGUACCCAAAAAAAUGUCCUGCUGCAGGUAAUCCGGGUGGAGGACGGUAAAUUUUGCUGUCGAGCCGAAGACAACUGCAGCUACAAGCAAGAAACCCUGAUGCCUGGUAACUUUAAACGGCAUAUUUACAAACUUCAUCCCGUUGUGUAUGCGGCAAUGGAUCUUCCGGAACCGACUGUCGAGAAGUCAGAUGAACCGGCGAAGAAAAGACAGAAAAAACUAUGUGUUGACACCAGCCCCGAACAAGUUCAGCUUGGUAUUCUGCAACUUUCAACCGUUGAUGGUUUGCCCUACUUAUUCUCGGAAAUGGUAGGAUUCCGUACGUUGGUAGGUCCCCUCUGCAAAGCUGCUGGAAUCACCGCCAAUCGCAAAACCGUGUCUGACUUGGUGGAUAACUCGGCGCAAGCAGCCAGACAAAUUAUAUCGAAUGAAUUGAACCAUCAACCACUCAUUGCCAUCGAAGUUGACGGAGCUUCCAGAGGAGCCCGUCAUUUUGUGGGGAUUAACGCACGUUUCAUUGAUGACGGAAAAGUCGUAGUUCGCAACUUAGCGAUCAAAGAAACACGAGAAAAGCAAACCAAGGAAAACCUCAAGUUGCUCAUGGAAGAAGUAUUGAAAGAUUUCGGUGUGGAACUGAGUAAACUAUACUCUGUGACUCAUGAUAAUGGAGCGAAUAUGGUAGCGUCCGUACGUGAACUUAAGAAAUCGCUGAAGUCGAGUGAUAUUGAAUUAAGCUCGCUUGUGGAUAUUUGCUUUGACGAUGAUGCCGAAGAGCAAUACGACACCUCAGAUGACGAAGACGAGCACUGUGAUGAGCAGAUGGUCGAAGCAUGCAAUGCUGAGCUCGAUAUUGAGGAAGACGAGAAUGACGAUUUUGCGAAUGGAAAAGAUGGUGAAAACGAUAAAACUGUGGAAGCUUCACCUGACACUGAAUAUUGUGAAAUAUUGGGCAGCGUGAGAUGUGCAGCACACACCGCCCAACUGGCAGUGUGGGACGUUGCCAAGCCUUAUGAAAAACGUGUCGCAAAAAUUCAAAAGCUGGUUAUUAAGUUGCGACAACGCGAAUAUUAUAAAUUUAUCAAAGAGCAUGACGCCCAUUUGCCCCCGUACAGUAACAAAACUCGUUGGAACAGCACUUAUCUCAUGUUGAAAUCGUUGCUAAAACAAAAAGCGUUCUUCAACAUGCUAAGAAAAGCGUAUCCGGAAAUUGAUUUCACGCAGCACUGGAAGUUCAUCGAGAAGUUUUGUGAGGCAUUCGAAGCACCUUUUAUUCUCACACUUCAACUCCAAAAGCGGCAUGUUUGUCUAAGCGAUUUCUACGCAUACUGGUUAGUGUGUCAAGCUAAGUUAAUGCGUUUGACCGAAAAUUGUUUGGCGAAACGGUUGAUGGAAUCAUUUCAACGCCGUUUAGAAAAACUGACUGAAUCGCUGCAUUUUAAGGCCUGUGUUUUGCUGGAUCCACGGUUCAAUUUUCUGGGUUCUAAGAGAAUUUCUUCAAAAGAUAAGGAUCUCGCUCAGGAAUUCCUCGCUAAGCUUCAUAGCAGACUGAGUGGAAUAAUUGAUGAGGAUGUGAAUAACCAUGGUAACGACAUUGAAGAGGAUGAUCUAGAGAUCAUACUGGCAGAAUUUUUCGAUGAGCAUUCUGAUGGCAAUUCAUCUUUGACGAGUAAAAGUAAUACGACAUUCGCUCAAAAGCUCAAAGCGCUCGAGAUGAGGGAGAAGGUACCCAUACUUGGAACACCGCGUCCUGGGCCGUCGAAAAGCAGUGAAAACUAUGAUAGUUUUGAUCUGCUAAAGUACUGGGAAGGUCAAAAAUUCAGCAAUCCAGAGCUUUACAUAGUAGCAAUGAUCGUUCUCUCAGCUUCGGCAACACAGGUUUCGGUCGAACGUAGUUUUAGCGCUCUGAAACUGACGUUGAACGAUCAAAGGAUGAAUUUAACAUCCCAGGCAGUCGAGAAUGCUUUGUUGCUUAGACUAAAUGCUGAUCUUCUUCCUAAGGUCGUGACAAUGAUCGGUGGAGAAGAACUUUAAUUAUUGAUUAUCAUUAUAGCUUGAAUUGUUUUCCACUAAUAAUCAAUGUGAAAUAAAAAAUAUAAAUUGAUGAUGUUUUUUUUAUUUACAUACA